UAAAGCGACGUCCUAGAACUUGGGAUUCGGAUUUUGGUCAUCCGACUGUCGCGUUGCAAUAGCUCAACAUAUUUGGUGCGUGUUUUCGAUUGACGCUGCGGACAUUUUAGGCGAUAAAUGUACACCGUAACAGUGCUCGACUGCUCCAUGGUAAAAUUCUACAAAUGAUAACGGUGUCGGUUGUCUUGAGCAAUACGAUUUCACGGAAUUAUCUGUCUGCCGGCAACUUGAACUGUUCGAACCACUGCCAUAACCACCCAUUAACGGCCGAAAAAUGACAGUUAUGGAGUUUUUCGGAUGCGCCCUCCUAGCGUUUGGACCGCCGCUAGCGAUGUUCACUUUUACCGUCGCCGUUGAACCGAUAAGAAUAAUAAUUCUCAUUGCCAGCGCCUUUUUCUGGCUGAUAGCCCUCCUCCUCUCCGCUAUUCUCUGGUACGUUGUUGUACCACUCCAGAACGAGCUCGCCUUCGGGCUUGUCUUCUCAGUGCUGUUUCAAGAGGCGUUUCGAUUCCUGCUGUAUUGGGUGCUGAGGAAUGCCGAACGCGGCUUAGAGAAGGUGACGACUGCCCACGUCGCCGAAAGCAGACAUGUCUUCGCCUAUGUUUGCGGCUUGGGAUUUGGAGUGAUGAGUGGUGCCUUUGCCCUUGUUAAUGUUCUCGCUGAUGCGAUCGGUCCAGGAACAAUGGGGCUGCACCAAGGAUCCGAGUAUUUCUUCAUAGUAUCUGCAACCACGACGCUGUGCUUCAUCCUUCUUCACACGUUCUGGGGGAUUAUAUUCUUUGCUGCGCUGGACAGGCGAAGCAAAGCCCAUCUUGCAUGGGUCGUAGGAUCUCAUUUGUUCGCAUCCUGCAUGACUCUGCUUAAUAGAUAUGAGAUUUACGCUGUCAGCCUCAUAUCGGCUUACUCCGUCCUGGUUGCUACUGUAGUUAUAGCAUUCAGAAUCGUCGGUGGAAAAGCGGAGAAUAUAUCGAGAUGCUUUUCACUGAAAUGAGAGUCAAUUCUAGAACGAAUCAGACGAUGUGAAAUUAUUUAUGAAUUACUAAAAGAUUACGAAUACUAAUUGAAGAUCUGGGUGUGUGGACAAAUAAUGAAAGAACACGGCGGCGUUAUCCAACUUACAAUUAGACGAGCUUAAUACUUUAAUACUUAGAGCUGUUAUAUAUUGUAUGCCGUCGUGAAGAUAUGAAAGGUGAAGAGGUGUUAAAACUAAACUUUGAAGAAAUUUUUCAUGAAUUUAUUUGCAUCACUAUUUCCAAGAGCCAAUGUUGCUCAAAUGGUAGUAAAUUGAUGCGUGACAUACUAUUGUAUUGUCUUGUGCAGUUUUCUUAUUGUUAGUAACAUGUUUUGCUCAGUUUCCUUUUUUCUUCUAUUUCCUUUUCCAACCAACAAAUACUACAUUUUGGUAAUGUGUGAAAGAAAAUCACUGCAAAGCUGAGUAGGACUAAUAGUUAAAAUUUUUCAAUAUUUUGUGUAACGGAUAUAGACUGUCCCCAUUGAAUAUAUAAAUUUCCUUGCAUAUUUCCUAUGCUUAUUAUUAGAAGUUGAAUAAUUCAUCAGGAAAUAUGUUCAACAGAUUAUAAUUAAACUAUGAAAAUCAUUAGAGUUAUUUGUGUUUGACCUUUGAGGCGAAGGUCUUUUCUGCAGAUAAAUGAGAUGUGUUUAUCACAUUUGUUGAAGCCGAAUUGUAAGCCUUUAACGUCCUUGACUAUAUAAAAUAAUAAGAUGUUAAAGUAAUAAUUGUUUAUGGAAAAUUUUCUCGGAUAUCUUGAACAACGGCCUGAUUUUGUGUGAAACCUCAGGUUGGAAUAUUUAGAAAUAGUGUUUCUAACGAACAAUGUAUUGAUGCAAAAUUAUGAGGAAUAUUGGUGACUUCUUUGAAAACUGUAUAAUAUAGAAUAUGGUUUAUGUAGAACAAUUCUGUGAAGAAGAACCUUGAUAUUUUGCACCAUGUUUCGUGCUUCACCUGCUGAUUUACAAUAAUUAAUUAAUCUAUAUAAUUCAUACAACUGCAUUUUGUAUGCCAUUCGAAUAAAUACUUUUUUAUAUCACCAACGUAUUUUUCUACAGAGAAUAUUUCUUGAACUAAGCCACUCAAGUCAGGUAAUUUGCUCUGUGUCUAAUUCGAAGUUGUAUUUCCUGUAUCUAUACCCAUAAGUAUUUAAUACACAUUUUCAUUACCCAUAAUAAAUUAAGUUGUAAAAUUUUGAACCAUUUAUUUACUUAAUAAUUGCUAUUUGUAAUUUUAUAAAUGAUAUUCGGGAUUUCACGCUGACAAGAGAAACUGAUCAAAUAAAGACGGACUCGUUUGUCCGGAAUUUCUCUAGG